AAGUCCUUCGUUUGUGGAGUUUCGAAAAUUGAUUUAUUUGUUGAAAUACUGGAAAAAUCGCUAGGGCUCUAUGGAAAAUAAACUGAAGAAUUUCGAUGCUGAUGCUAAACCUUGCUCUAAAUCUUGCCAAUCUUUUGUACUUUUCCAAGUCUCUUAGGUGGCCGUGGGUAUCCACAUUCAUGGUUGAUUGAUCAAAAGAAUCGUCAAAUUACUGGCUACUCACCCAAACAACUGUUGGAUGCUUUAGCAGGUAUGGAAGCGGGAAAGAUUUCUGUAAGUCUUUUGCAUUUAUAAUCUAAAUAUUCUAGUGCCAUUAACCGUUAACACAAAUACAAAUAAUGGGCUUAAAAGAAUUUUGCAGCUCUUCAAAGAGCAAACAGCGAACAUCGUUACAAGUCACCAUAACAUGGACAUUGCUUUGCACCAGUGCCAUUUGCUUGGCAGCUCGGAAUGAGACAAGGCAACGAGUAAUAUUAAUAUCAGUCGAUGGUUUUCGUUGGGACUAUAAAAAUUAUGAAGGUUAUAAUAUGACCAAUUUGCAUACAAUGAUAGAAAAUGGAGUUACAGUCGACUAUGUGAAGAACGUUUUUCCAACAAAUACGUAUCCAAACCAUCAAAGCAUAGUUACUGGACUUUACCCGGAAAAUCAUGGGAUUAUUGAUAAUAGGAUGUUUGAUCCAACCAAUGGAACCAUUUUUGAACCAGGAGUAAAAGACGAGCGGUGGUGGAACAAAGCAGAACCAUUGUGGAUUACAAAUCAGAAGCAAGGUUUUUUAAGUGGUGUUGGCUACUGGCCUGGAUAUGAAGUCACAUGGAAUGGAACACGUGCAAACCUCACAUUCGAGGGCUCACCUCCCUACGUAAAGGAUAGCAAAAAAUCAUUGAACUUCAAUAAAAGAGUUGACACGGCUGUCAAGUGGCUUGAGAAAUGCAAAAAUGUCACAUUUGUUGCGCUGUACUUUGAAGAACCAGAUGCCACAACACAUGAUCACGGAGCCGAUUCGAAUAAGACAAAAGUAAAAGACCUGUUCAAAACUGCUUUAUCGAAUGUUGACCUUAUGGUUAAAAUUAUUGACUCUAAAACUAACAUUGUUUUGAGAGGGGGUGCACUUUAG